AAAAAAAAAAACAAACCCGGCUUUGGCCUUUGUCAGGUAAUAACCUUACGCCAUCCCUUUCCUCUGAUCUUUCCAGCAAUCCUCCUUCCGAUCUGGCUUUAAACUGUGUUGUCGCCUGAGCCAUAACUGAGCUCUAAAAUGGCGCGGGCGCUCUUAACUCACAAUCUCCCUAUCCUAAUUUCCUUCAUCUUUCUGCUAUUCAUUGUCGUUUCUAGUGGAAUUUCAGACGUUUCAAAUGAAAGCUUUGUUUUUCUCCCCUCACCCAAUAGCAUCAACGACGGGGAUCGAAGUACAAUGUUUCUCCCUCUUUUUCCUCCUAAAGAAACCUCCCGACCACGCGAUGAACAACUCUCCCGUCGACACCUCCAGAAAAGCCCUUCAAGUGCUCGUAUGCCUCUCCACGACGAUCUCCUCCUUAACGGAUAUUAUUCGACUCGUCUUUGGAUCGGAACUCCACCCCAGAGGUUUGCUCUUAUAGUUGAUACUGGCAGUACCGUUACCUAUGUCCCUUGCUCUACCUGUGAACAGUGUGGCAACCAUCAGGAUCCUAAGUUUCAGCCAGAAAUGUCAAGUACCUAUCGACCUGUAAAGUGCAAUAUUAAUUGUACCUGUGACAAUGAGAGGGAGCAAUGUAUUUAUGAAAGACAAUAUGCCGAGAUGAGUUCUAGUAGUGGAGUGCUCGGAGAGGACAUCGUGUCCUUUGGAAACCAAAGUGAGCUAGCACCCGAACGAGCUGUUUUUGGAUGUGAAAAUCUGGAAAAUGGUGACCUUUACAGCCAACACGCUGAUGGUAUCAUGGGCUUAGGCCGAGGGGAUCUAAGUAUAGUGGAUCAACUUGUUGAGAAACAUGUGAUUAGUGAUUCAUUCUCCUUAUGUUAUGGUGGAAUGGAUUUCGGUGGUGGUGCCAUGGUUCUUGGAGGAAUAAAACCCCCUUCUGAAAUGGUCUUUUCCCAUUCAGAUCCUGUACGCAGUCCAUAUUACAAUAUUGAGCUGAAGGAGAUACAUGUUGCUGGGAAGGCCCUGAAUCUAAAUCCUCAGACUUUUGAUGGAAAACAUGGGACUGUGCUUGAUAGUGGUACUACCUAUGCUUACCUUCCAGAAGCUGCAUUUGUGGCCUUCAAGAGUGCUGUCAUGAAAGAACUUCAUUCUCUAAGAGUGAUCGAAGGGCCUGACCCGAAUUAUAAAGAUAUAUGCUUUUCUGGUGCUGGAAGUGACAUCUCAGAGCUCUCAAAAUCAUUUCCACCUAUCGACAUGGUAUUUAGCAAUGGAAAGAAACUAUCUCUCACUCCUGAAAACUACUUAUUCAGGCACUCAAAGGUGCGUGGGGCUUACUGCUUGGGAAUUUUUCAGAAUGGGAAGGAUCCAACUACUCUUCUUGGAGGAAUUGUUGUCCGCAACACUCUUGUAACCUACGAUCGUGAAAAUGAAAGGAUUGGUUUUUGGAAAACUAAUUGUUCUGAGAUAUGGGACCGACUAAAUUUAUCUCCUUCGCCUCCACCAUUGCCCUCAGGCUUGGACAACACAAACUCCAGUGCAAAUUUGACUCCUGCGCUGGCACCUAGUUUACCUCCGGAGCAUUAUGCACCUGGGAAAAUCAAAAUUGGAUUCGUAUCAUUUUAUAUGUCACUGAGUGUUGAUUACUCAGAAUUGAAGCCUCGUGUCCCAGAGCUUGCCCAUUUUAUUGCGCAAGAGUUGGAGGUUAACGUCUCACAGGUUCACUUAAUGAACUUUUCGACAGAAGGAAAUGAUUCCCUCAUUAGAUGGGCCAUCUUUCCUGCAGGAUCUUCAAACUACAUGCCAAAUGCCACUGCAACAGAAAUAAUAAACCGGUUGGCUGAGAAUCGUUUUCAUCUUCCUGAUACAUUUGGAAGUUAUAAAUUAGUCAAAUGGGACAUUGAACCCCCACCAAAGAGGAUACGAUGGCAGCAAAAUUACCUUGUUGUAGUGGUAGCGCUACUAGUUGUCCUGAUAAUUGGAUUAUCAGCUUCCAUGGGAUGGUUAAUUUGGAGACGAAGGCAAGAAACCCCAUAUAUUCCUGUUGGAAGCGUUGAAACACAUGAAAAAGAACUCCAGCCGCUAAAUUAAAGGAGAUUAUAUUGCCCAUCGAUGAAAAGGCACUUUUGACAUAAUUUUUUUUUUUUUUUUUUUUUUUUUUUUUUUUGUAAAUCCUAGCUAAUUUUGUCUAGUUAAAGGAAAAUAUACCCGGUUACAAAUAUGUAGUGUCCUGGCAUUAGACUUGGGAGUACUUUUUUUUCUUCCUCAUUACACUUUUUCCUACGCUCUAUGGUAGACUCUUUGCUUUUCCCACUUCCUU